GAUUGUUGAUUGAAUUGAAGUUGGAGUUAGGGAUUUAUUGAAGUUAGGGACACAACAGUAAGGUUUGUUUUACUUUAAAUUACUAUUUAAGAUUUCAUUUUAUCAAUUAAACAUUUUUUAAUAUAUAUAAUAUAAAAUAAGGAAGCUCAGAUGUUUAGUUCUGCUGUGAUGAUUGACUUGUGACAUUUUGAUUUUUAUUUCAUUUUUGUAAUUUUCAAAAAUUGAAAUAUACAAGAAGUAACAAAACUUUAGACACCGAUUAUGAGCUACUACCCGAUCGGUCAAGCUGUUCCACCUCCAAGUGGCGGAUCUGGAGGCUGGGGUGGCCAGCAGGGUGGAGCUGGAGGAUGGGGACCACCUCCAAAUGCCGGAGCAGGCUGGAACCAACCGACCGGUGCAUGGGCAGCUCCAUCUGGAUAUGGAGGCGGUCAGAACAUACCGGUAGUUACUCCACAGAAUGUACCAACGUUCAAUCAAGGUGAUGUAUCUGAUUCUUACAAGAAAGCCAUUGAAUACUUCAAGAGUAUGAGUGAUCAGGAUCAAAUUCCUGAAGAUGGUAGAUGGGCAUUUUUGGCACUCGCUGGCAUUGAUGGUGCAAUUGAUGCCUAUGAGCUGCAAGAUAUUCUCAAUAGAAUCUUUCUUAGCGAUUUUAAGUUUGAUGGUUUUGGUGCUGAUAUGACUAGGAGCUUGGUGGCUAUGAGAGAUUAUGACCUGUCUGGAAAGUUGGGAUUCGAUGGAUUUAGAGGAUUGUGGACGGAUCUAGCUUGGUGUAAGAGAGCCUUUGUCAUGUUUGAUGUAAACAAAUCUGGAGCUUUUUGCAAGAAUGAAUUCACUAAGGCCUUAGAAGUUAUGGGCCUCACAGUGACCCCGAAGACCCACAAAGCCAUGCUAAUGAGGUACACGGACAAAGAUGGAAAUAUAAGAUUCGACGAUUUUGUGCUCUGCUACAUCAGACUGAAGACUAUGAUGACCAUCUAUCAGAACAAAGAUCCAAGAGGUAUGGGCAAUUCAGACUUCGAGAGAGAUGAGUUCGUCCAAUUGGCCAUCUACUCUUAAACGAACAAUCUUCCAGCAUAUAUAUUUAUAUGGAUAUACACAUUUAUUUAUACAUACUUAUACAUAUUCAUUCAUUCAUUCAUUCAUUCAUUCAUUCAUUCAUUCAUUCAUUCAUUCAUUCAUUCAUUCAAUCGUGUUGUUAUAAUGUCAUCGACUUGAAAAUUAUUUUAAUGACAAUUCUUUUGAUAAUAAAUGUAUGGUUUGAAUAUAUAUAUAUAUAUAUAUAUAUAUAUAUAUAUAUAUAUUCUGAAUAAUAUAUAUAUAUAUUAUAAUAUAAUAUAAAUGAAUUGUAAAUUGUUUAUAUCAAUGCAAGUUAACUCUCCAUUUGCCAUGUUUUUUUUAUUUAUAUAUUUUUUUUUUCAAAUUGCGAAAAUAAAAUUGUUGUUUUUUGUUUAUUAUGCUGGCGAUAAAUGAUAAUAAUUAUACUAUAAUAAUAUUUUUAUUAUUUUUGAUGCUGUUGUUAUUGGUAAUAAUGAUACACUGAAUCUCGC